AUGAGCUUCAACUCCUUUUGUGCGCUCACGAAUGAUACCGCAGCCAAGCCGCCGGAACUGGAACAUUUGCAGUUGUUGUUUAAGAAUAUACAGCUCGUCCUCUGUAUUUUCGGCAUCAUUGGCAACAUCCUAAACCUCCGCACCCUCCAAUGCCCAUCCCUAAAAACCAUCCCAUUCAUGUACAUACGAGCAUUAGCUAUCUUCGACUUGUGCGGUUUAUCAUGCAUAUUGUAUGGAUUUCAGCUCUAUCGUAACAUAUCAAAUAUGUUAGAAGUACUCAACCAUUGCUUAAAUUUCUAUGUAUUUUGUAUGGCAAGUUCAGAAUACACUAGAGCUUUUAUUGUCAAUUGCUUCUGUUUGCGGCACGCAAUUUCAAUGUGUCCUGGGUGCGUAAAGUUAAUAAAUGGUCGUAGAAGCAGCAGCCUCAGCUACGGCCAGUCGGUUAAUAAUUCGAUAAUGAUUGGGCCGAUGAAUAAUUCGAGUGAGGACGAAAUCUCUAUGACCCAGAAAAACGUCAUGGUACGAUGGAGAUCAGUGGAUCGGGGAGAAACUGUACAGCAACAGACGCCACUUGUCCACUCGUGCCCCAAUAAAGGAAUUCUGCGAAAAGAAAAAGAAUCCCCGCCCGAUCUCACGAUUGUCAAUGAGCACGCCCUCGAGGAAGACGUCGCGUUCCAAGAAACCGAUUCUGAAGUUUACAUU